AUAGUGUAAAGAGUAAUACAUUUCAAAAAGCAUUUCUAACAAUGGAAAUGCAUCAAAUCAAGAAUAUUCUACUACUACGCGUCUUCAUAAUUCAAUUGGCCAUAUGCAGUUGUAAUAAUAAUUGCAAUAAUGCAUUUCAAUCUAAUCUGCGAUUUAAAAGAGGCUCUACAAUACAUUACUCUACAAUUCGUCACCUGCUACCAUUAAUGCCCCACAUGUCAUAUCAUACCAAUGUACACAAUAUGCCGAAAAAUGCUAUAUAUUGUACAAAACCACUAAACUCUGAUACAGAGCGUUAUAAUUUUUUACAAAAAUACUAUUCAGCCAUACGAGGUAAACCCGAUUAUUAUGUUGAUAAAUUAGAGUGCAUCUAUCCCAGGGCGACAGAGUUUCCAGAAACGGGUAUUGAAAAACCAUUAACAGACAUUCAUGAAGUAAUCAAAGCCAUGCAAACAGAAUCAAAGAACUUCAGGGAAUUUUCAGAUAAAAUCCACAGGGGUGAAUAUCCAGAACCAUAUAAAAGCAUAGAUGUGGAUGGUUUGAUUGAUGAACUUCUCAUCGAUAUUUUGCAUUAUAAGCCAGAUCGUUUGGGUGCAUUAGAAAGAUCUGCUCCAAAUGGUGUAAUUUGUGAACAUAUAAAAUUUAACGAAACAAAUAAAGUGGGCAAUGUUUUGGAAAUCGAAAGACCUAUAUGUUAUGCAGCACGAAGGCCACCAAUACCAACAACAACUUCACCUACCAUAAAAAAUAUUCCAACUUUAAGAACUGUUACUAAAAGUGAUGAGGCAGAAUUCUUGAACAAGGCAUGUUAUAUUCUUUGUCAUACAGGCCUAAUAUAUCAAAUAUUACCUUGCUGCAGACGAUAG